GCUUCUAAUUGAGUCUUGGACAAAUAUAGCCACUUGAUUAUUCGAUUUUCAUUUACUGGAAACCUGAAUUAUUUAUUAUGCUAGUGUUCAGCUAGGUUUUUGUUGAUUGUUCUGCCAAAUCUGUGGAAGGCCUCUGCGACCAUUGAUUGAUUAGCAAAGAAGGUGAAUUGAGAUGAGUGCCGUUCCGAAAGAGUCAAUUGAAGUCAUUGCGCAGAGCAUUGGCAUCCCCAAUUUGUCUCCUGAUGUCGCCCUCGCUCUCGCUCCCGAUGUGGAGUACAGGGUUCGCGAAAUUAUGCAGGAGUCUAUAAAAUGCAUGCGCCAUUCAAAGCGAACUGUUCUUACGUCAGAUGAUGUGGAUAGUGCACUUAAAUUAAGAAAUCUGGAGCCAAUAUAUGGUUUCACCUCUAAUGAUCCUCUGCGGUUCAAAAGAGCUGAUGGACACAAGGAUUUGUUCUACGUUGAUGACAAAGAUGUUGAAUUUAAGGAUGUGAUUGAAGCACCACUGCCAAAAGCACCUCUUGAUACGUCAGUUGCCUCUCAUUGGCUGGCAAUUGAAGGCGUACAGCCUGCAAUUCCUGAAAACGCUCCAAUUGAAGCUCCCUUUGACACAAGAAAACCCGACUAUAAGGAAGAUGGACUUCCUGUUGAUAUUAAAUUACCUGUUAAACAUGUAAUUUCAAGAGAGCUUCAGCUUUACUUCAACAAAAUAACUGAGCUGAUAUUAAACAAGCCAAAUACCGUUCUCUUUAAUAGAGCAUUAAUUAGCUUGGCAACAGAUUCAGGGCUCCAUCCUUUGGUUCCUUAUUUCUCAUACUUUGUUGCUGAUCAGGUGGCUCGAAAUUCAAAUAAUUUAAAUCUUUUAUUUGCUUCAAUACGCCUUGUUCGGAGCCUUACGCAAAAUCCUCACAUACACAUAGAGCCCUAUUUACAUCAACUGAUGCCAUCUAUUAUGACCUGCCUUGUUGCAAAAAGGCUAGGGAAUAGACUAUCUGAUAAUCACUGGGAACUCAGAAACUUCAGUGCAAACCUGGUUGCUUCAAUAUGCAAAGGAUUUGGGCAUGUUUAUCAUAACCUUCAGCCACGUGUGACAAAGACAUUGCUUCAUGCUUUCUUGGACCCUAAAAAAUCUCUACCUCAACAUUAUGGUGCAAUUAAAGGGAUAGCAGCUCUUGGAUCCAACAUGGUUCGCAUGCUUAUACUUCCGAAUCUUGAGGCAUAUCUACUCCUUCUUGAGCCAGAAAUGCAAAUUGAGAAACAGAAAAACGCAUUAAAGAGGGAUGAAGCAUGGCAAGUUUAUGGAGCAUUGCUGUGCGCCGCAGGCCAAUGUAUUCACGAAAGAGCCAAAGUCUACAGCCGUAUGCUCUCUCCUGCUUCUACUCGUGCUUUUUCAAGCGGCUGUGGAAAAGUGGUCACAGCAACGCCAAGCAAACGUAAAGCCAGCACAGACAAUCUAAUGCAGCAACCUCCACUGAAGAAAAUUGCAACAGAUGUUUCUGGAGGUUUGAUGCCAAUGAACUCCUUGCCAGUUGAUAUGCAAGGCACGCCAGGUGGAUUUUCCAAUUCAAUGGUAGCUUCUAAUGCCGGCAUAUCCUCUGUGAGUCGUCAGUUAUUAAAUGAAAGAAACCAAGGAAGAGAGGUUGGAGGUCAACAAGGUAAGGUAUCGGCAACUCUUGCUCAGGCUUGGAAGGAUGACAUCGAUGCUGGACAUUUGCUAUCAUCUGUGCAUGAAAUAUUUGGUCACGGUGUAUUCUCCUUUAUUCCAAAAGCUGAAGCAUCCAUAUUCUUGUGAAAGGUGCAAUACUAUACCGGUAAUUACUGGGCACGCGUUUGUCCUUGUAGGCUAGGAGAGAACGAUAUGUAUGCAAUCAAUUGAUAUUUUAUUACAGUUCCAGAGUUGUCCUUGAUUGUUCUGGGAAAAACAUUGUAGCACGGUAGUGUGAAUAUAUUUGAAUAAGCAUUUUUCCCUCACACUUCAAUCGUUGUGUAAAUAAGUUGUUUUAAAAUUCUUGCAGCAUGAAUAUAAGAGAAAUCUUUGUCA